AUGGAGAUUCUUCCCACUCCCCAAGGGAUGGGAACUGAACUCUCAAUGACCGGCCUCAUUGCUAUCACUUGGACGGGAACAGGAGUAAGCAUCCUGUUUACGUCUGCUCGUAUCGCGAUCCGAAUCGUUAUUACAGACUCUGCAGGCUCCACACAUCUAUUAUAUAGUGUUCAAUAUGACCGGGCCAGAUAUUGUCGACCACGGACUUCGCUACACCCACUACGAGUUUGCGAUCAUUGGAAUAUUCUGGUCCGUGCUAUGGAGCGUAAAAGCCUCAUUCCUAGCACUCUUCUGGAUGAUAUCCAAUGGGUUGCCUCGGUACCGGCGGGUCUGGUGGGCCACCGUUGUGUUCGCAGCCUUGGCAUAUAUCGGAUGUUGGAUUGGGUCGGUGUACACUUGUCACCCGCCAUCUAA